UCCGAAAGACGUCGCAUUAACAGACGCAGAAAACGGCAAGAAAGAAGCCGCGAAGGCCUCCAUGACCCUGGCAGUGGCUAUGAGGAAGAAUGGGUAAAAAUUUCCCCAGAUUUCAAUGAUUAUCCACUCAAGGACGGGCUUAAGAUCCCAGGUGAUAUAAACCACGCCCUUUUCGACUACCAGAGAACCGGUGUGCAGUGGCUAUCAGAACUAUACUCUCAGAAGGUUGGGGGGAUCAUUGGAGACGAAAUGGGCCUCGGAAAAACCAUUCAACUCGUCUCUUUCCUUGCGACGUUACAUCAUAGUAAGAAAUUAGAUAAGCCUGUUAUCGUCGUCGCACCAGCUACUGUAUUGAAGCAGUGGGUGAACGAGUUUCAUCGUUGGUGGCCUCCUAUGCGAGUGUCUAUCCUUCAUUCCUCUGGUAGCGGCAUGCUUAGUAUGAAAGCCGAAGGCGAGAUUGAAGAUCACGAUGAGAGGUACGAGUAUGACCAGUUGGAGGACAAAAAGGUCGGCAAACCAGCAAAGAAAAUUGUUGACCGAGUCGUCAAACAAGGUCACGUCUUAGUGACAACUUACGCUGGCCUUCAAACUUAUGGCCGACUCCUCACUCCCAUAGAGUGGGGUUAUGCAGUCUUGGACGAAGGUCACAAAAUCCGCAACCCGAAUAGUGCCGUUACCAUCUAUUGCAAAGAGCUACGGACACCGAACCGUAUUAUUCUCUCUGGUACGCCAAUGCAGAACAACCUUACGGAGCUAUGGUCAUUAUUCGACUUCAUCUUUCCGAUGCGCCUAGGCACAUUAGUGGAAUUUCGCAAUCAAUUCGAAAUCCCCAUUCGUCUCGGAGGUUACGCCAACGCCAAUAAUCUACAGAUAAUGACUGGACAGAAAUGUGCCGAAGUCCUUAAGGAUGCAAUUAGUCCUUUCCUUCUUCAACGACUCAAGGUUGAUGUUGCAACUGAUCUCCCCAAGAAGACCGAACAGGUACUUUUCUGUCACUUGACGGAGGAACAGCGGCAUGAAUAUGAGUCCUUCCUCAAAUCGAAGGAUAUGGAAGCUAUAUUAAAGGGAUCCAGAAAUUCCCUCUAUGGAAUUGACAUACUGCGAAAGAUCUGCAAUCACCCUGAUCUUCUCGACUCCAAAUUGAAAGACAGGGCAGGGUAUGACUGGGGUGUAGUCAGUAAAUCUGGCAAGAUGGUGGUCGUAGAGGCAUUGCUCCAAGCAUGGAAACAGUUCGGACACAAGACUCUUCUCUUUAGUCAAAGUGUGAAGAUGCUAGAUAUGUUGCAGAGUUGCGUGGGACGCCUCGGAAAUAUUAAGUAUCUGCGAAUGGAUGGGGAGACACCUAUCAAAGAGAGGCAGAACCUGGUUGAUAAGUUCAACGGUGACAGCGAAAUCGAUCUUUUCCUGCUCACAACGAAGGUCGGUGGACUAGGCGUAAAUCUGACUGGCGCCAACAGAGUCAUCAUAUACGACCCCGAUUGGAACCCUUCAACGGAUAUCCAGGCCCGAGAGCGAGCUUGGCGUCUCGGCCAAAAGAAAGAAGUCACCGUGUACCGACUAAUGACUGCGGGUACAAUUGAAGAAAAGAUCUACCACCGCCAGAUCUUCAAGCAGUUCUUGUCUAGCAAGGUUCUUAGAGAUCCCAAACAAAGUACUUCUUUCCAACUCGAAGACCUGCAUGAUUUAUUCACACUGGGAGGUUCUAAAGACAAGGUGACCGAAACAGGCAGACUGUUCAAAGACUCGGAGGUGACAUUCACCGACACAUCAGCCAAAGCUAGUAAAAAGCAACCGAACCCGAAGGCUGGUAAGACGAAGGCCGGUAAGGCAGAUGGUGAUGAUGACCGGGAUAUUCGAAACAUGAAAGGCAUAGCAGACCUCGAAGAUUUCGAGGCUGAGGAGUUGAAAGAAGAGAGUAGCCUUAUGAGGGGUCUCUUUUCUCGUACCGGCGUCCACUCAGCCUUGGAGCACGAUAAGAUCAUGAACGGUAAAAAGCCCGGAGCCAACCCACGACUUCUACAGCAUGACGUGGAUCGCGCAGCCGCGGAAGCAGCUGCUUCGCUCAAGCGUUCCGCUCAGGAGGCACGUUCCAUACCUAUUGGAACCGUUACUUGGACUGGCGAACUGGGCUACGCCGGCGGACCAUCUAACAUACGUCGUGAUCGAGGUGGUCCCAGCUCAGCCGGUGUCUUGGCCGGCCUGGCCGAUAGACAAGGCCGAAACGCACCUGCGGGUAACUCCUCGGGCCCUUUGCUUGUGGCUAGCAACACCAGUAUAGGGACGAAGGAGUUUUCGAAGCUGAUUGUAGACUUCAUCGCGGCGCACGGCGCACGGGUUCCGACUAAGUCUCUCGUCGACCAUUUCAGCCCAUUCUGCAUUACGAAGCAGCAGUCGGAGCAGUUCAAGAUCGCGCUGCGCCGCGUCGCGAAGAUGGAGGUACGGGGAUCUACUAUGCGAAGUAUGUGGGUCGUUAAGACCAAGUACUUAUAAAUGUUGGUGGAUAUCUUGAGGUUCUAUAAGAACCAUCUGGUACUUCGACAGGAUAUUGAGAGAGGUAUUAGGGGAUGUAUAAGAGGAUGUAUAGGAGGAGGUAUUGAAGAACAGUUCGUAUUAUAAACAAGGACUGAGGGAGGAUACGACUCAACCACAUUUGGCGAGCCGUUGGAGGCCGAGGACAUUUCAAGCAUAGCACCGGAGUUUGAUAUGUUAGCCGACUUUGCUUACAUUUUGCUCUGCACAUAGAACUUGUGCAAACUAGCUUUCUAUAAAU